UGUUGUUUUUAGUGGCAGGUCUGCUAUACGGGGCUUUGGGUAUAAUUUGCACUCAAAAGGCAGAAACAAGUUUUUCCGGUUUGUAAAUGACAGAGAUAGCCGUAGAAAAGGGUCUUUCUGGCCUUCUAUUCAGUCGUUCUCCAAGUUGUGCAUUCAAAAGGCUGCAAGGCAAAGCAAAAAGGACGAUUCGAGAGAAUGAAGAUCGCUGCUUUUAACGCCAGGCGUUUCGGGGUGAAAAAAUGUGCAGACAGCAAAGUUUUCUCAAUUAUCACACAGAUUGUGUCUCGUUACGAUAUUAUCGUUAUUUUGGAAGUCUUUGAUUCUAAGGAAAAAGCAGCAAAAAAACUCAUAGAACAGUUAAAUAGCUGCGAUAAAAACACGCGUUAUAAUUACGUCCUGAGCAAGCCUCUGGGAAGAAACGAAUAUAAAGAACAAUAUCUCUUUGUCUUUCGCGAGGACAUGAUGAAGGUCAAAGACAUCUAUCAGUAUGCGGACAUGCAGCACGGAGACGAAGAUUCCUUUGCUCGCGAACCUUUUAUUGUCAGAUUUGAAUCAAAGAUAACUGCUGCCAAAGAUUUGAUCCUGAUCCCGGUUCACACCACCCCCAAAGACUCCGUGCAGGAGAUCGAUGAAUUAUACGAUGUUUACCUCGAUGUCAAAGAGAAAUGGGGGACCCAGAACAUAAUAUUUCUGGGAGACUUCAAUGCCGACGGAGCGUAUGUUUCAAAGAAGAAAAUGAAGACCAUAAGAUUAAGGACAGAUGUGAAUUUUCAUUGGUUAAUUGAGGAUGACAUAGACACCACGGCUACCAAAACCACAGACUGCUCUUACGACAGAAUAGUUGUCCAUGAAGACUUACUACAACAUAUUGUUCCAAAUUCCGCCAAACCCUUCAACUACCAGGACGAAUAUAAGCUAACCGAUGAGGAGGCGCUUGCUGUUAGCGAUCACUAUCCUGUGGAAGUGGAGCUCAAACCAGCAAAAGGAAAGUCAGCGAAGAAAUAACAAGCAGUGAUCUUUGUAAUGAACGUGCCGGCAUCAUAAUCUUCUCAUAAUCUGAAAUCACCUAAAGCUUUCCUAGAUAUAUACUUGGAAGCUGCUGGGACUCAAGACCAGACCGUGCUGAUUAUUGUGACCAGAACAUUUUUAUUAAAAAGAUACCUAUUUUAAUUUGUGUUAAAUGUAAGAAUGAAAGUCAUUCUACAAAA